AAGGUCGGUUACAACGGCUCAUCCGUUCCACACAGUCAGUCAGCAUCGAUCGUGCGAGUCGAACACACGUUAGCGCGCGAUUUUUCAAUAAUAAAUUAUUCAAAAUGUUGUUUUUCAUAAUAGUUACAGUGCUGGUAGCGAGUGCAAAUGCCAAAUACUACACGGAUUGCGGAUCAAAACUAGCGACAGUACAAAAAGUGGAGGUGAGCGGUUGUGACGCGAAGAACGCGGAGUGCGUGCUGAGGAGGAACACCAACGCCACAUUCAGCAUUGACUUCACACCUUACAAAGAAACCAAAGAGGUAGUCACAAUCGUGCAUGGCGUCAUCAUGAACCUGCCGGUGCCCUUCCCUCUGCCGCAGCCCGAUGCCUGCAAGGACAGCGGCCUGACCUGCCCUCUCGGGGAGGAGCAAUCAUCGAGCUACCACACGACGAUGCCCAUCCUCAAGUCAUACCCCAGGGUCAAGGUCGAUGUCAAGUGGGAGCUCAAGGACGAAAAUGAUGAAGACCUCGUCUGUAUUCUCAUAGCCGCCAAGAUACAAUAAGACCUGCAUGCUAGAUUCCUAUGUCUUACUAGGACUUCGGCCAGUGGCUCCAAAACUUUUUGCGGCUGGUAACCCCUGAUGCUCUCUAAAGAGUCCGAAAUGUUAGCAAACCUUUGGUGAAAAAAAAUUAAAACGAAUGAUUUUGGGGGUUUUGCUUCAUACGGGCUUAACUCAAGAGCUACUGGCCAAGUUUUUAUUUAUCUUUUUAUCGAUUACAUUAUGAUUGGUGGAUAAACCAAGCUUAACAAACCAAUGACAGGCUGCCCGAAAAUCUUGUAUUAAAACCUUAUGAGAGUGGUAACCUUCUUAGACAUAGGAAUUAAGCAUAAUUUACUUACUUCUAAAUACUUAAUUCUUUUUUACUAUCUACUUGUAGAGCAACAGAUUAUUAUGUAAAAGAGAUUUGAAUAUUUUUGAUGUAGGUAACACUCAAAUUAAUUUUAAGCCUUUUAGGGUAAGCAACAUUAUUCUUUGCCGACGUUUUUUUUUAUUUUCUUUUCUUUUUUAUAGCCGGGCUUAAAUUAAGGCUGUGUUAAAAUGACAAAUAUGUAUAAAUUGCUCGAAAUAUGUUGCUAGAUUGUUUUUACUUUUUUAAAUAUUCUAUUCAUACAAUUCCUUCUACGUGUAAACGCCUGUUUCCAUAAGCCAAUUUAAGUAUAUUUUAUGUAACUAAUGCUAGUGGGAACAGGCUUUAACAUUGAAACCUGUCUACAUUGACACUGUGUAUGAGAUUUCCUUAAUUUAUAAUAAAUUGUUUUCCACUAAAUAUAGGUUAAGGAUUGUGGUUUUGUACAUUAUAAAUACAUAAUAAUAUUGUGUAGA